UUUGAAAUGUCAAAAAAGCGAAAAUGCAAACCAAUGCUACUAGUAGGAAGAGGAAUCAGACGAGUAAAGACGGACGUCGACGCCACUCUCCCGGCUCUGCAGAUUUUCUUGGGUCACCACCUCAAAACCGGCGACGCCGGAGAUGCAGUCGGAUGGUUCGGCAGCGGAAUGUCGUGGCAAGGAAGAACGCGGAGCUGCGUCCAUCUCUGCGGGCGCGAAGGUGAUGAGAGAACAGCGAGAAGCGGAAUGAUACUGCGGUACUAGAAGUUCAACUUCUUGGCAGGAUGAAGUCCUGACAUGAGUAACAAGAUCUAAGGCUCGGAGCAUAGCGAGCACUUAGAGGUGCGAAACGAUAGAAGACCCGGUUUUGGCAUUUUUCUACUUCGAGAAUAUCGUUACUACCACUUUGUAGCGGAACCACUUUGUAGCGGAGCGCGUCUUCAUUGGUCACUGGUAUAUUAGCGGUUGAGACCGGAAAGGAUCGAGAGAAUGACGGACCUUCACUCCAUGUGUGCUACUGCUCCUGCAAAGGCACGGGAGCAGAGCUGCAGCCCAACGGGUGCACCAUCGUGGUGCUGUGUACCCACAUCGAUGCAAGAACAUCAAAUUGUGACGUGCUCGGCGAGAAACAAAAGGAACAAGAGUCGACAGCGACGUGGACAUUGUUACGACUACGAAGAUAAAAAGAACAGUAAAUACUCAUCAAUACCCUAUCCCUACCGCAACUACAAAGGACAUCCAGCUGCAGGACCAAAGUACUCGACUAGACCGACCGCAAGGACACUGCGGAAACUGGUAUCGCCUUGUUUUCCCGGGCUGACCAUGAUUUGUUUGACUGGAGGUGCGGCGUUUGCCGCUGAGUUUCACAGUGCCACGACUUCAUCAUUCGCAC